AUGGAGGUCUCCGCCUCCGGCUGCUUUGGGUUCCGGAUCGAUUCGCUGCUUUCGCUCAGACCGCCCGGCGCGCUCCUUUCCCGGGCAGACCCUCCGGAGCUCAGCCCGGGAAGCAGCAGCGGCUGCUCGGCGCCUCCGUCCCCGUGGAGGGAUCCCGUUCCCCGGCUGGUGUCUCCGCCUUUGCCCGGUCCGCUCCAGCACCGCUCCGCCAGCUCCUCCUUCCUGAUCCGGGACAUCUUAGCGGACUGUCCGCCGUGCUCUCACCCGGGACAGGUCUACUCUGAGCCGUGUCAGCCCGAGCUGGAAGCCGAGCCCUUCCAGUCCGGACCGGAUGAAGAUUUCCAGGAUAAAAGUCUGAGCAGCGAAAGCAGAGUGCAGAGCGGCGGCUGUGACGCGGUGGCGGCGCGUCUGAAAAAGCCCCGAAAGGCUCGGACGGCUUUCAGCGACCAGCAGCUGUCGCGGCUCGAGAGAAGCUUCCAGAAGCAGAAAUACCUGAGCGUCCAGGACCGCAUGGAGCUGGCGGCCUCGCUGCAGCUCAGCGACACGCAGGUCAAGACCUGGUACCAAAACCGCAGGACCAAGUGGAAGCGUCAGUCUGCUGCUGGCUUGGAGCUGCUGGCUGAGGCCGGCAGGAUGUUCCUGCCCACGCACUACCUGUACCCUCCUGCUCCGCCCACAAUGGACCUCUAUCUGUACCGAGGCCACACCCACCACUACCAUCACCACUCUGCCCCACCUCUGCUACCCCCACAUCCUCACCCACACCCACACUGAGCCACUCCCCCUUUGACUGCAGUGCACUGGGAGAAUGGGGGCGACGUGGAGCUCCUUCAUCAGCAGGACAGAGGCGGUUAUCAGACUGAAGGUUUCUCUGCUUUGGUUUCACUAAUCUCUGAUUGCUUUGGAGAUCCUGGAUCUCAGGAGGAGAAACUGAAUCCAGGUUCUGGAAGAACUUCAGAAAACACAACAGCAGCCUCCAGUUUACGUCUGGCCAAACGAAUGAGUCCAGGCUCAGUUUUCUGAAGAGGAUCCAAAGCUGCAGUCUGAGACCACAAGGUGGACCAGACACCAAAAUCAAGUAGAACUUUGCUCCAUCCAUGAAGAUCACAGCAGUGGACUCAGUGAGUGAAUAUGUGACAGCUGGGAGGUCAUCUGUGUGACCGGCUGGAUACUGACCCUCAGAGUGGAUCUG